ACUACUGCAAAAAAUAAAUAAAUACAUAAUAAAAUAACCGCAGAAGUCGUUUCAACCAACAGACGUUUGGCAUUUCAUCAAGCAAGAGAUUCCUGUGUGACAGAAAUGGCAAAUCCAGCCAAUUUAACCUAUGGUAACUUCAGCUAUGACUAUUACUACGAGGAUGAAAUCUGUGAUAAGAGUGGAGUGGUGAUAUUUGGAUCCUUUGCCAUUCCGAUUUUCUCUGUUGUGAUCACACUGAGCCUGGUCGGAAACAUUCUUGUCCUCAUAAUCCUGGCUUUGUAUGAAAAACUUAAAUCUCUGACCAACAUUUUCAUCCUCAACUUGGCCAUCUCUGACCUCGUCUUCACCAUCGGUCUUCCUUUCUGGGCCAUUUACCACGUCCAGGGAUGGGUGUUUUCUGAAAUUCUCUGCAAAGUUGUGACUUUUAUCUUCUUCACUGGGUUUUACAGCAGCAUUCUCUUCCUGACCAUCAUGACCAUCUACAGAUACCUGGCUGUGGUUCAUCCUCUGUCUGACCUCAGCACACCGAAACACUCCAUCGGGGUGUUUCUGUCUGUCCUGAUUUGGAUAAUCAGCACUGGAGCAGCCAUGCCCUCCCUCCUCUUCAGCUCAAUCACCAAGGUCCACCACAAAGAUAAAGAGUCACAGGGCUGUGAAUAUAUUGAUCCACUGUGGGAAACCAUUGGUGUCAUCCAACAGAAUGGUUUCUUCCUAGUUGCUUUUGCAGUCAUGACUUUUUGCUUCAUAAUAAUUGUGAGAAUCACAAGAACAAGAUCUCACACAAGCAACAAAGCAGUCAAAUUAGUCUUCUGCAGAGUUGCUCUAUUCUUCAGUGCCUGGGUGCCGUACAAUGUUGUAAUCUUUUUGAGGGUCUUGCCUGCUCAUGUGGUCCCGUCAUUAGUUGAAUGUGAAGCAAGCACCCAGCUUGACUAUGCAUUCUAUGCUUGCAGGCUCAUUGCUUUCUCCCACUGUUGCCUGAAUCCCAUCUGUUAUGCAUUUGUUGAUGUGAAGUUUAGGAGUCAUUUAAAGUUAUUGCAGGUUAGAAUGGAAAACCUCAUAUCACGUAGAACAAUGUACUAGCUACUCAGUUGAUUUUCUUGCAUAUGUUAUUUGCCCUGUUAAUUGUUUUUCUCUCCCAGUGUGCCUUUAGUAAAAUUGCAUAUCUCAUAUCAAAUUUAUCUAAUUACAAAAAAAAAUAGGAACUGCUCCAUGUGUCAUAUGUUGCACCCGGCAAUCAAUUUCAAGGCUUUUAUCGUGUGUGUGUGUGCGUGUGUCACACAGUGUGAAGUAAUUAUUUGACCCUGUGUUGUUUUUAUGAUGUGGGGUUUAUUAGUAAACUUAGUUAUUGCAUUUUGUAU